ACAGCAGCAGCCACAGAGGGAGAGAGAGGGAGAGAGAGUGAACGAGGGCAAGGGAGAGAGGGAAGCAAGGUCACCACACGUCAGCACCUACCUGACAGUUUCAGCCUCUGCUCUCAGCAAGAUUCGUCCAUAUUCACUCCCUGUCACCUUGGAAAAAGGAAAAAAAAAAAAAAGGAAAGAAAAGAAAACAGACACUGCUACCUACAACCCAUCAGCAAGUAAACUCAAAUUGUAGUAGAAGCCUCAGCAGCUGAAGCUGAUCCCCCGGUAGCAUGAACAGCAUGAACCAGAUAGAAACAAACAUGCAGUACACCUAUAACUAUGAAGAAGAUGAGUACAUGACCCAAGAAGAAGAAUGGGACAGGGACCUGCUCCUGGACCCAGCAUGGGAGAAACAGCAAAGGAAGACAUUUACAGCCUGGUGCAAUUCCCAUCUCAGGAAAGCAGGCACACAGAUUGAGAACAUUGAAGAGGACUUCAGGAAUGGCCUCAAACUGAUGCUCCUCUUGGAAGUUAUCUCAGGGGAAAGACUACCGAAACCAGACAGAGGGAAGAUGCGCUUCCAUAAAAUUGCUAAUGUCAACAAAGCUCUGGAUUAUAUCGCCAGCAAAGGAGUGAAACUUGUGUCAAUUGGUGCAGAAGAAAUUGUGGAUGGCAAUGUGAAAAUGACGCUGGGUAUGAUCUGGACUAUCAUCCUUCGCUUUGCUAUUCAAGAUAUUUCAGUGGAAGAGACCUCUGCCAAAGAAGGGCUGCUGCUGUGGUGUCAAAGGAAAACUGCUCCUUACAGAAAUGUGAACAUUCAAAACUUCCAUCUUAGCUGGAAAGAUGGCCUUGGAUUAUGUGCACUUAUCCACAGACACCGACCUGAUCUUAUUGACUACUCCAAGCUAAAUAAGGAUGACCCCAUAGGAAAUAUCAACCUUGCCAUGGAAAUUGCUGAAAAGCAUUUGGAUAUUCCAAAGAUGCUGGAUGCGGAAGAUAUUGUGAACACUCCCAAACCUGAUGAGAGAGCUAUCAUGACAUAUGUGUCCUGCUUCUACCAUGCUUUUGCUGGAGCAGAGCAGGCUGAGACUGCAGCUAACCGGAUCUGUAAGGUGCUUGCUGUGAAUCAGGAAAAUGAGAGGUUGAUGGAAGAGUAUGAGAGACUAGCAAGUGAGCUUUUAGAAUGGAUUCGCCGGACAAUUCCUUGGCUGGAAAACAGGACUCCAGAAAAAACAAUGCAGGCUAUGCAGAAGAAAUUAGAGGAUUUCCGGGACUACCGCCGCAAACACAAACCUCCCAAAGUCCAAGAGAAAUGUCAACUGGAGAUCAAUUUCAACACCCUGCAGACAAAACUGAGAAUCAGCAAUCGUCCAGCUUUCAUGCCAUCGGAGGGGAAGAUGGUUUCAGAUAUUGCCGGUGCUUGGCAGAGACUUGAACAAGCUGAGAAAGGCUAUGAAGAGUGGCUGCUGAAUGAAAUACGACGACUGGAAAGACUUGAACACUUGGCUGAGAAAUUUAGGCAGAAGGCUUCCACUCACGAACAGUGGGCAUAUGGCAAAGAGCAGACCUUACUUCAGAAGGAUUAUGAAUCUGCUUCUCUGACAGAAGUCCGUGCCAUGUUAAGGAAACAUGAAGCUUUUGAGAGCGAUUUGGCUGCUCACCAGGAUAGGGUGGAACAGAUCGCUGCCAUUGCCCAGGAGCUGAAUGAACUAGACUACCACGAUGCUGCAAGUGUCAAUGAUAGAUGCCAAAAGAUAUGCGACCAAUGGGACAGCCUGGGAACACUCACUCAGAAAAGGAGAGAGGCACUGGAGAGGACGGAGAAAUUGCUCGAAACAAUCGAUCAGCUUCACCUGGAGUUUGCCAAAAGAGCUGCUCCUUUCAACAACUGGAUGGAAGGUGCUAUGGAAGACCUACAGGACAUGUUUAUUGUUCAUAGUAUAGAGGAAAUUCAGAGUUUGAUCUCUGCACAUGAUCAAUUUAAAGCAACUUUGCCAGAGGCAGAUGGUGAAAGACAGGCCAUACUGUCGAUCCAGAAUGAAGUUGAAAAAGUUAUCCAGAGUUAUAGCAUGAGAAUAAGUGCAACCAAUCCUUACAGCACUGUUACUGUUGAUGAGAUUCGCAGCAAGUGGGAAAAGGUGAAGCAGCUGGUGCCCCAGAGGGAUCAAUCCUUGCAGGAGGAAUUAGCCCGCCAACACGCCAACGAGCGCUUGCGUCGCCAGUUUGCCGCUCAGGCCAAUGUCAUCGGGCCAUGGAUCCAGACCAAGAUGGAAGAAAUUGCCCGCAGUUCUAUUGAAAUGACAGGGCCUUUGGAGGACCAGAUGAAUCAGCUGAAGCAAUAUGAGCACAAUAUCAUUAAUUAUAAACACAACAUUGACAAACUGGAAGGAGAUCAUCAGCUUAUACAAGAAGCCUUGGUGUUUGACAACAAACACACCAACUAUACUAUGGAGCACAUCCGUGUUGGAUGGGAGCUUCUACUUACCACCAUUGCUCGAACUAUCAACGAGGUUGAGACUCAGAUCCUCACAAGAGAUGCCAAGGGUAUCACCCAGGAACAAAUGAAUGACUUCAGAGCAUCAUUCAAUCAUUUUGACAGGAGGAAGAAUGGAUUGAUGGACCAUGAUGAUUUCAGAGCUUGCUUAAUUUCAAUGGGUUAUGAUUUGGGUGAAGCUGAGUUUGCCCGAAUCAUGUCUCUGGUUGACCCCAAUGGGCAAGGAACCGUCACUUUCCAGUCCUUCAUUGACUUCAUGACCAGAGAAACAGCAGACACAGACACAGCUGAGCAAGUGAUAGCUUCCUUCAGAAUCCUGGCUUCAGAUAAGCCUUAUAUCCUGGCAGAUGAGUUGCGCCGAGAACUGCCUCCUGAGCAGGCUCAGUACUGCAUCAAGAGAAUGCCUCCGUACACCGGCCCAGGCUCUGUUCCUGGGGCUCUGGAUUACACCUCUUUUUCAUCAGCACUGUACGGAGAGAGCGACCUCUGAUUCUGUAAUUGGCCUCAUUCAUGGUAGACACUAAAAAUACCCACCUUAUCGCCCAGAUUGCUUCUCAAAAGCUUUGACAAGCUGAUUUAAAAACAAGUUUUACAAACACAGUAGGGUACCGUCAGUGUAAAGUGCUAGUAACUAACUGGUGUAUACUGAAGUGUGCAGCACGCUAGAUAUCUGCCUUGUUGGUUUUAGGUUGUCUGUCCUAUACGAUGCUAGAAAAUAUAUUAAAA